UAGAAGAUAGAGCUUCAUCUGUCAUUUCUUUCUCUCGUUAUUAAAAGAACACCAAAAUAGCUUAUACAUUGUUGCUGUCCAUUGGAAUAUUUGUAAUUUCAGACUUUUUGAUCAAACUAAGGAGAAAAGAAACUAGACAUCAUGAGACAUCAUUCUUGUUGCAACAAACAGAAGGUUAAAAGAGGAUUAUGGUCACCUGAAGAAGAUGAAAAACUCAUCAAAUAUAUUACAACAUAUGGACAUGGUUGUUGGAGCUCUGUUCCAAAACUUGCUGGUCUGGAGAGAUGUGGAAAGAGUUGUAGAUUAAGAUGGAUAAAUUAUCUAAGACCUGAUUUGAAACGUGGAAGUUUCUCUCAACAAGAAGUAGCACUCAUUGUAGAACUCCACAACAUUUUAGGCAAUAGAUGGGCUCAGAUUGCAAAACACUUAACUGGAAGAACAGAUAAUGAGGUGAAAAACUUUUGGAAUUCUACCAUAAAGAAGAAAAUUCAUUCUCACGAUAUUACUCCAUCUUUCAUCACAUUUUCUGAUGUUCACACCCCAUACCAUAAUACUGGUUCAAUGGAAAACUCCUUCCCUUUAAAUGCAAACCCGAAUGUGACCCUCAACUUCAAUCAUCAUCACCAUCAAGAUUACCUAUACCAUUCAACCUCAUCUCCAAAUCAGCAAAGUAAUUUUCAUCAAAUUGAUACAAAGGUAGACAUCAAUGACCAUUAUAAUGCCAAUUUCCUUCACAUUCAAAAUCCGAUGGCACAAAAUAUUGUACAACCAAUAUCUAAUCUUUCUACUUAUGAAGAUACAUGGUCAAUAGACAGUGUAGCUCUUCAUCUUAACCCACUAAAUCAAGAAAAUCAAUUUUCAAAAAGUGACACGACCCCGCUUAACAAAUUAAUGAACCCAAUUGAAUUAAUGCAACAAUAUGAUCAAUAUCAUGAUUUGGUUGAACUUGAUGAAACUGUGCCUGAAUUAGAAAAUCAUCAAAGCCUUGAGGAUUAUGCUUGUAGCAUCCUAGAUUCAUCUAAUUCCCAAGAACAUGAAGCUCCUGCGAAAAUUCAGUGCUACAGUACGUCUGGUAUUAUUCAUCCAUUGGAUUACAAUAUUGAUGCUUUCAUGUGUAUGUCAUCAUUGCCAUCAUCAAUCAGCCAAAUAGUCACAAAUCCUAUAAUUCCUUUAGGAUGGGAGUCUUAAUUAAAGCAUUGGUAUAACUUCAUUC